AUGUCAAAAAAACAGAAGCAUACUCAAAAAUAGACCAAAAAAGUAUUAUCUUAAGACAUAAAUGAGAGCGAUCAAUCACAUUUCUUCUGCCUUCUUGCUGAUGAUUAUGAAGUAAGCAUUAUUUUCAAUUAUAAUAGAAUAAUGAUAAUAUUAAAGUAGCUUAGAAAAUACUUGGAGAUUACAAAACACUUCUUGAGUACCCUGCUAGUAAAUUUUGGGCUACCAUCUCCUACAAUUUAAACCUCUAAAAUUCUUUAGACCUUUUUUUGAGGUAUGCUCCAAGAAAAUACUUUCUCAAAGAACCUCUUCAUUUCACAGGAUAUUAUGGAGUACUUAUUAAAGAAAUUUUUAAAUGUGUCUUUACUAUCUAUCUUCGAUUAAUAGAUUUAUAAAAUGAAGAUGCCAUUCUUUAUGAGUAAAUUAGUGCACAUGAAUUAGUGUACUAAAAAUGGAUUUUUGAUGUCAUGAAAUUAACUGAUAUUUGCACAAUAUAUGCUGAUUAAAAUGAGAGUAAUAAAUUAAAUUUCUAUAAGUUUAGAUGCUGUAAAGAAAAUUUGUUAAUUUGUGUUCAAUUAUUAAGCAUAUCAAGAUGAUUAUAAAUCAACAAUAGAUUCAUUUUUAAAAAAUGUACUUUCAAAAAUCUAUGAGGAGAUAUUUUUAAUUAACAAUAAAUCAGCAAAUGAAAAUGAAAUAAUUAUUACCGAUGUUGAAUAAAAAAUGGAAUUGCUAACUUUAAUUUUAGAUUCAAUUGAGACAGUGAUAGUUUGGGCAAAGUAUUUUCCAUAAAAGUAAUAUCUAUUUAAGCCAGAAAUCAUAUAAUGUUUUGAAUAGAUAUUUUAUGAAUUGAUUAUGGCAAAAGGAUAUAAUAGAGGAAGUACAUAAUUAGCAGGUGUAUGGAAACCAUAAUUUUUAUAAAAUUUACAUUACUUUUUGAAACAAGCUAUUUAAAGAUUGAUUGAUUUCUUUGUUUUAUACAUGUAAUAUGUUGAAGAGUUGAUAAUGACAAAAUAGAUAAAACAAUGUUAGGAACAUAUGAUGUAUUUGAUUUAGAAUUUUGGUACAAUAAAAAGGAAAUUUAAAUCUAAAAAGGGAAAUUAAAGUUAGAAUAAAGAAUGGACUCUUUUUGAAGCACUUUAUGAAAAUAAUUUUAACAUGAUUGAAUUAUUAACGAAUACACCAUGGAAUUAAAUUAAUUUACCAAAAGAUGAUAUUGAAGAAGUAACACUUCUAAUGACAACAGUAUUGGAUGAGAGAGAGAGACUUAAAGAUAGGUUGAAUAAUAAUGAAUAAGAGAAUUUCGAUGUUUUUGAAAACUUUGAUCCAGUGUAAUCUAUUCUUCCAAAGGAAGUCUUAGAGGCGGAAGAUAAAUAAGAGGUGGAGGAUUAAGAAGAGGAUGUAAAAGAGGAGGGAAAUGUGGAAGUGAAAUAAGUAGAAGAGAAACUAGUUGAAAUAAUAUCAAAAAAGAAAUAAAAAUUAACAUUUGAUCAGCCAUUAAAGGAUAGAAUAGAGAUGGCAGAGAUAACAGCAAAAUUAUAUAAUGAUGAACCAGAUGAUACAUAUGAUUAUUAAGAAGCAUUAUAAAGACCAGAGAAGGAAUAUACAAGUAGUGAUGAGGAUGAAUUAGAUGAUUAUGUUCCUAAUGAUCAUUUUAUGAGAUAUGCAUAGCCACCUUCUAAGAAGUCAUUAAAUUCAUAAGUUAAUUCAGGACAUAGUUUGAGUUAUUAGAAUUUAGAUAGUAAUAAUGAUAAGUAGAUAAAAAUUUUAAAGAAACCAAAUAAACAAUAGUAAUAAUAUAAAGAAUAACGUAAUGAUUAAGGUUUUAGUGAUGAGGAGGAUAAUCAAUUUGAGAAUAACAAAAAUAAAAGCAGUUAUAAUGAUAACCGUGGUUUUUAAGAGAAGACAUAGAAAGUAUUUGUUAGAGAUAAUCAAUAUAACAACAACAACAACAACAAUAAUAAUAAUGAAUACCAAAGGAAUCAAAAGAAAUACAAUAACAACAGUAAUUAUCAGAAGACAGAUAAUCGAAAUAAAACUAGGAAUUAAGAAAAUUCAAGGAAUGAUGAUUCUUAUAAAAGAGAUGAUUAUGAUAGAGAAGAUAGAAUUUAAGGAAAUAGCAAUCAUAAUAAGAAGGUUCUAUAGAAUGAGAGAAAUAGAGAUGGUGGUUAUGUUGGAAGUAAUAAAACAAAGACAUAAUAAGAAUAUGAGGAGAAACAAGAGAGUAAUUAAGGAUAGUAGUAUUAGUAGAAAUAAAAUAAUAACAAAUAAUAAUAAACAAGAAAGAAUUUAAAUUCAAAAGCUGCUUAGUAUGAAAUUUAUGUUCCUAAGGAGGAUAAUGAAAUAAAAGAAUACUAAGUUUAAGAAUAGAGGUAAGAAAAGAAACAACAUAGAGGAUCAAAGAGAUAUUGAGUAU